AUGAAAAUUUCCGCCUUGUUUUUCUUGGUUUCUAUCAUUGGAAUUUCUAGUUGCCAUGGUUGGAAUUGUUUGGGUGAAAGUAGCACUGAAAAUGCGGAUGAUGAAACGGACGACAAGAGGUUUGAUGUAUCAAAACCAGACACUUCAAAGGCACCAUUAAAUGCAAAAGGCCAAUGUGAACGUGGAUACAAACCGAAGAAUCAAAAUAUCAAACAAAUUGUUGAUGGAGGUAUUCCCGUAUGGACUGCAAAAGACGAAGAAUAUUGCUCAUAUAUUGUAAUACAUUCACCAGAUAAGAAUACCGGACCAGAUAGCAUUGUCAUAUCCUUGAAUGGAGAUAGGAAUAACACAAAGAAAUACUACAAGGACGCCGGAAACUGGAGAGAAGUAAUUAAACCGGAAGGUAGCUCAACCGGUACUUCUAAACCGGAUGAUAAAGGAAACGAGUCCGACGGUAAGGAUGGGAAAAACGAUCGACAUUAA